ACAGUCAGCCAGCAGCACCUCCCAUGAACAGUCAGACCUAGUAAAUGUAUUUUUUUAGUUAAAACUCACAAUUUCUAAUCAUUUAAAAUGAUUUUGCUCGAAACAAAUAAUCGGGUAGUUGAAGAGACAUUAACCGUGAAAAUAAAAAGUGCACAAGCUGGGUUAAAAAACGAGUCUAUCGACAUAACAGUGUCAGAUUUCGACGGUGUUUUGUACCACAUUUCAAACUUAAACGGAGACAAAACCAAAAUUAGGAUAAGCAUUUCCCUUAAAUUCUACAAAGAACUCCAGGAACACGGCGCCGACGAACUUCUCAAACGCGAAUAUGGACCUCUCCUCGUCGCCCCUGAAGACGGAUACAACGUCUCGAUUUUAUUUGAUCUUGAAAACAUCCCGUCUGAUUGGCCUCAAGUCAUCAAAAAAAUCGGUCUUUUGAAACGCAACUGUUUCGCCUCUGUUUUUGAGAAAUAUUUCGACUUUCAAGAAAACGGCGACGAGGGACAAAAACGGGCCGUGAUUCAUUACCGCGAUGACGAAACGAUGUAUGUUGAAGCGAAGGCGGAUCGAGUCACUGUCGUCUUUUCCACGCGUUUUCGGGACGAAGACGACGUCGUAAUUGGAAAGGUGUUUAUGCAGGAGCUCAAAGAAGGGUUGAGGGCGUCGCAUACAGCCCCUCCUGUGCUUUUCAGCCACCGGGAGCCCCCCCGAGAGCUGCAAAACACCGACGCGAAAGUUGAUAAUAACGUCGGGUACGUCACUUUUGUUCUGUUCCCGAGACAUACGGCGCGGAACACGAGGGACAACACAAUAGAUUUAAUUCACAUGUUUCGCCAUUAUCUACAUUAUCACAUCAAAUGCUCCAAGGCGUACAUUCACAGUCGGAUGAGGGCCAAGACGUCGGAUUUCCUCAAAGUUUUGAAUAGGGCCAGGCCUGAGAAUAAGUCGACAGAUAAGAAAACUAUAACAGGGAGAACUUUUGUUCGACGGGAUUGAUGUGUAUAGUACUAGUGAACUUUGCUUGUAAGAUCAGCUCAAAAAAAAGGACUAAUAACUGCCGACAAUUUAUUAAACUUAACUGUUUCAUUCAAUUUUCUCAUCAGUCAGUUCUUGCACAGCCUCUCUUGCAGUUUUAUUUAUUAAGUUAAACGGUUCAUUCAGUACUGAAUGCUACAGUUCAGUUUUUAAAACUAGUGGUGUAAUAGUGCUGAUUUGUCAGCUGGAUACUUUGUACAUACAGACUCAAUAUUUUAACUGUGCUUCCUUUGAGAUAUGGGUAAGCACAUCAUUAUUGUGAAUUAUAUAUUUCUAAUACAUUACAAAGUUUAAUUACAUAUUUUUUACCCCAUUUGUAAAUUCGUGUUUUAAGUUUUUUACUAUGUAUCCGCUUGUCGAUUUUAUUCUUCUUUGGAAUUAUUCUUUUUACUAAUGAGAAUUUAAGAAAACUUGACGCGCCAAAUAAAUUAUCUAACUUAACAUAGUUUAAUAGGUAAUAAAUAAAUUGUCAAUUUCUAUAGCAAGAUGCAAUAUUUGUAUUUCUGUAGGCAAUUGGAGGCAUUUUUCAUUUUCAUUUCAAUUUUAUAUUACAUUAAUUAUUACAGAGCAAGACACUGUUUAAUUGAAUAAUAGAAAAUAAAAUGUUAUUUUAAAA